AUAAAGCGGAGGCUCGAGCAUUGAACAAUGGGCAGUAUAUAGUUGUAUGUGCGUGUCUCUCAUCUCGAAGUAUUCUGACAACACAAGAAAGAUUCGAUGUUAGCUAACCAAACCUGUAGACUAGUCACAAAGUGUUGUUUUUAUUAAAAUUAAUUACACUGUAGUGGUUGUUGGUAUAAGUUAUCUUGUCUUCAGAAAUAUGAUUUAGUUACAAAGUGGCGUAUUAGGAAUUAUAAACUCUUUCCGCUACCGUAGGAGAUCAUGCGACCACUCGUUGAGCUGACCAGUGGUCAGUCAUCUCCUGAAACCCCACCCAACAGAGAGACGGUAAUUCAAAGUGUUACCGGUUUUUAUAAAAAUCAAUCUGAUCGUAAUUUAAACCACCUCUUGAAUUUCUACUAUGAUAGGAAUGGUCACUAUUCAGAAGAGGAAAAUGGCGCCAUGAUGGACCAUACCGAUGAUGCAGACGUGGCAAUUAACUUAUCAACCAGUCAGACAACCAGAUCGUCUUUGGCCACACCUUCAUUGAACACAGAAAGUGUAGACAAUGAGCUUCAGACAUCGAAAGAUCAUCUCUUUAGAAAAACUCGUAUAUCCCCAGAAAAAGAACUGGACGGUGAGAAAGACGCAUCAACGACUAUUUCACCUUUGUUAAUGAUGAACUCGCAGUUCCUGGCUCACCACCAAAUGCAGCAACUACUUCAGCAACAGGUGCUGUCUCCCACCCAACUCCAACAACUUUUACAACAGCAACAGUCGCUUUUUAUGCAACAGCAACAGCAGCAGCAACAACAACAACAAGUUGAACAAUUGGAGUCAUUUAUUCCACAACUCCAUGAACAGUUACAGUUAAACAUGAUGCAACAAAGCCAGAUUUUAAACAACUUAAACAGUGUAGCCUCAGGAGACAAGGCCAAAAGUAGUAGACAACAGCUUCAGAUACAGCUUCAGCAACUGGCCUUACAGCAGCACCAACUAAUGCAGCAGCUACAGCUAUCACAUCGCUAUAGUAUACUAGGGCUGCCUCCUUUCUUACUUUCACAGGGAAUUUCAUCUAGUGACUUCCAGAACUUGUGGAAAGAUGAGGCAUUGAGUGUGGAAGAGAGAUCAUUAAAGUCAGGAUUGAAUGGAAUGAUCCAUAACACUUCUACUACAGUGUCUAACUGUCAGAGUUCAGUGUUAUCAAUUCUAUCACCAGAUCACCUGCUGAAUGGGCAACAGCAAAAGGAGGGAUUUAGGUUACCAAAUUCUGUGCCAUCAUCCAAAAGUGGAUUUACAAGACAACAAAAUUCAAGCUGUUCAAUAAAGGAAGAUAUUAGCUGGUCUGUUGCAAAUCAACUUCAUCCACUGUUUGGUCAUGGUGUUUGUAAAUGGCCCGGAUGUGAAACAGUAUGUGAAGACCAACAAUCAUUCAUCCUACAUUUAAACAAGGAGCACCACUUGGAUGACCGGAGCACUGCUCAGGCUAGAGUACAGAUGCAAGUAGUUUCCCAACUUGAGAUUCAACUGACAAAGGAGAAGGACAGACUUGAAGCCAUGAUGAAACAUCUUCACAUGAAAAGUCCAAAUUCAUCUUCUGAUUCUUCAAAACAAGCCUUGCCUCCACUCUCCAAACCAACAUGUACAUCACCACAGUUAUCUCUACCAAUUACAUCAGUGUGCACUUCUGGAGGUCUUUUCCCUUCUCUUACUAAACCAGUCCCUACAUCACAACUUUCUCUGCCAUCUGUAUCAGUUUCUUCUCCUGCUAGACUACUCAGUGUUGCCUUGACAACAAUGGCCAACACUUCACCCUUGAUGACAAUACCACCAAGGCUUAUCCCAACAAAUUCUCUACCUUUGCAUCCUUCCAGCCAUUCUACUGUUGGUCCAAUUCGACGACGUCUCAGUGACAAAGGAUGCCCUUCAUUGGCAGUUUUUGAUGGAACUGUAAUUGAUUCUUCAAUGAGAAGAAGGGUAGCAGAAAAAUCCAACCUCGAUAUUAGUGAAGAAAUUCAAAGAAACCGAGAAUUUUACAAGAAUGCUGAUGUCAGACCACCAUUUACAUAUGCAUCUUUGAUUAGACAGGCUAUUAUUGAAUCUCAUGAGAAACAGUUGACUUUGAAUGAAAUAUACUGCUGGUUUCAAAACACAUUUUGUUACUUCCGAAGAAAUGCAGCUACCUGGAAGAAUGCAGUGCGUCACAACCUUAGUCUUCACAAAUGUUUUAGGCGUGUUGAGAAUGUUAAAGGGGCAGUAUGGACAGUGGAUGAGCUAGAGUUCUACAAACGACGGCCCCAAAGAAUUCAGGAGCGUAUUGCAGGUGUGCAAGUAGGACCCCAAACAACCAUCACACAAGCUCCUUCUCAUGGCUACAAGAGUCCAACACUUCAGCAGAAUCCUGGUUUAUGUGGUGAAAAUCUCACAGCUUCACUACAGGCAGCAUUAGCAGAAAGUAAUCUAUCAUUUUUGUCUACUUCCAAACCUGGAGGAACCACCAAUGCUUCCACUCUUGCUCCCACGAGCUUCUCCUUGGCUAUGAGUAAAGCAAUAGAAGAUGAUCAUUAUCUGAUGGAUGUUGUUAAUGUAAACAUGAACUAUGAAAGGCCAAAUAGUCUUACAAACAAUGAUGUCCAUAUCAAGCAAGAACCACUUCUUGAAGAACAUACAAAUGGAGAGGACAAUUUUAGUGACCACCAUACGUCAUCAGUAUUUCAUCAUUUCACUGAAGACAGUGGUCAUGACCAGGAAGGAGAAAUACCAGUACAUAUUGAAGAAGCUGAAGAUUUAUCCAUUCCUGCUAAUGUUGUAUCAGAUAAGUCUCCCACCACUUGCCUGUAAGAAGAACUUAGGGCAAAUACUGGAAAGCCAUCAUCAGCAAAUAAACAAACAAACAAGAAAGAUGGUGUAUGUGUUUUAGAAAACUAAAUAUAGCCAUAUUAGGGUGUAGCAUUAAGAUGAUGCUGUCUUUCUACUUUGUGUAUCUGGCUCCUAGAGCAAGCUGUCUUGUCAUAAUUAGAACAACUGUUUAGACAAGACCCAGCACAUUUACCUCAGUGCGCCAAGGUUCCUUAUGUCCUAAAACUUAAUACUGUCUCAGGUGAGACUAAUGUUCCUGUCAGAUCUGAAGAAAUCUACACGAUUUAUUUCUCUGAACCUUAAGCAAACUAGAAAAAUCCUUGUAAACAGUGUGGUUCAACUGUCAGCUAAACCAACCAACAAGAAAUAACUCUUGGUCUUUUGCCGUAAUACUGGAAGUUGUGUAGCAUGAUUUUUUGAAUGUUCUGUAGAACAGUAAUCUUCAUGUCCUAGUGCCUCACCAGAGUACCCUGUUUCUCUAUAACAAGUCUAGAGUUAAAUUUUUUUUUUACAGUAAAUGAAUAAUUAAUUGGGGAUCCCACAGAAUGAUUUACAAUAUAAGUAUUUUGUACAAAUUCAAUGCUUGCAAUAUAAAUAUAUGUACUGAAUACCACUGAUUAGCUUUAUUUAAAGACUUGAAUUUUACUUGACUGAAGAAAUUCAUUUUAUUUAUUUCUAAAAUAUGUAAAAAUGACUAAUUAUUAUAUUAUUAUUAUAUCACUCAAUUAAAUACUUAUUUGAAAUAUAAAGAGUAUUUAAAGCACAAUUUUUAUUAAGUUCAUUAUUUCAAAAAGUAUUUCAGAAAUCAUUGUGUUUUUCUUUUGAUGCUGACAUGAUUGACACUCUGGUUUGACAAUUACAGUGAAAGUGAAUGUGGUAUUAUGUCUAUGAAGCAAGCAAGGUAUAUUCAAAAGAAUUGGAGUUUCCUGUUGCUUAAACAAUGAAAAAUCUUUCCUGAACUAAAAGUAAAGUACAAUAAGCAAGAUGAGCAAUUUGAAUGAUGAAGAACUCUUUGACAACAGAAAACAAGGGUACUUGGUGUGUACUUGUGUUUAUGUGUGUGUGUGUAUGUGUGCAUAGAUAUAUGUAAAAGAGUAUAACUCUGUGAGUAUUAACACAAAAAUAGUGUGUACCUGCCUCCAGUGUAUACCAAAUAAAUAGUACAGUUCUCUGUAAAUAUUAAUACUAUAUAAUACUAAUACGACAUACUGUUGAAAUGGUCACAAAAAGUUUUUAUUUCAGUUACCUACUGUUAAUGUUCCAAGCUUUAGGGGAUAUCUUGGGAUGCGCACAAUGUGUGUUUUAUUUCUUUUAAAUGCGUAACUGUGUUGCUAAAUUAUAUGUUAUAUUGGUGUUUUUUCAUCUCCUAACUCUCCAUUUUUAAGUUUAAUUUCUCUGAGUAUUUUUAUAAAUCAUCUCUGAUUGUAAUUAAUAAAUUUGUUUUGAUUAUCAUUAGUAAUUACAAAAUUUGCAACACAUCACAUUCCUUGAAGCUUAUUACAUACUGAACUGCUUCUACUUUUAAAAACUAAUAUAAAUAUAUAAAACAACAUCUGAAUCAUGAGUAUAUCCUAUUUUUUGCCACUUUAGUGUUUUAUACCUCUUGAUAUAGUUUUAAUUUUCUUUUAUCUCUUCUCUUUAUUUAGUAAUGCUACAAAUAAAAACCAUCAAGAGGAACAGUAAUUUGGUUAAUGAUUUUGAUUUUUCAUAUUUUUAUAUCAUUUAAAACUUUAUAUUAGAAAAACUUUCACGUUAUUUACAAUACUUUUAUAUUAAUGAUUUGGUUGUGAAAUAUAGAACAAAAAAUUAACUCUGAAGUUCAAACAUAAAUAUUUAUGUAAAAUAUAGCAUAAAGAAAACCAAAACUUGUAAUCAAGACAUUUGUUGUUAAGAGGCAUAUAAAAGAGAAGACACUUCUGAGACUUCUUAUCCUCUUUGUUAUUUAUUUUAGGUUAUGAUCUAAAAUUUUGUGCUUUUAUUUAGUAAACAAGAUAAGCUUUAAAAAAUAUUUUAUUGAUUACAGUGCCAUAUUAUUAUUAUGUUUUAAGUAAUUUCUUGUUAUAUCUUUAAUCAGGAGUUAAAUAUUUUGUGAAAGAAAUGUAAUUCUCUCAAUUGUGAAACUUUUUAAUAAUUCAGAAAUCUUGAAGUUAUUAUUAAUUGAUUUUGCAGCUAAUUGAGACUUUGUUUCAUUUUUCUCACCAUAGGUGUCCCUGAGACUAACAAAAGCCUUAGAUAAUUAACAAAUCAAGUCUUUUUUUAAUACCUUCAUCUCUGUUUGGUCCUUGUAGAUUAAAAUUAUUUAACAAUUAAUAGCAGAAAAUCCCAUAAAGAGGAAUCAGGUUGUCAGAGGAUUAGAACAUGUUGCAAAUCUGUAUUUUAUCUUUUGUUGUACUGCACCAAAGCUUUACAGAAGUAGGAUUGGUGAUUCAACUACAAAGAAUCCAUUUUUUUGUAUAUAACUUUCUUUGGUUUCUUUUGUACUGAAGAACUACUUAACAUUUAAUUUCCAUUUCUUUAAAUAAUCGUUCCAGAAUAUUGAAGCAACUUGUCAGUUUAUGUACUAUAACUGUGUGUAUUCUAGACAGGUAAAACAUAUAGUAUUUUUGUAGUUUGCACCAUAACAUGACUGUCACCUGUUUUCACUGUCUUAUAUGCAAGUGAUUUUAACCAGUCUUUUUUAUCCCUUAUUUUCAAUUUGUAAGGCAGAUUUUCCCAGAGCACUAUGGGGAAGUUUCCAUUUUCGUAUAGUCUGAGGUAUGUCAUAUUGUAUUUACUGAAGUAUGGCAAUCUAGUCCUAGCGAGGUUCCUGUAGUAUUUUUUACAUAUUUAUAUCAUCAAGCCAAAUCUCUCCUUGUACUAUGGACCAGUUUGUUACAUGUAUAGUAAAUUUGUGUCCAAGGGGUGAAGAGGGAUGCUGGAUGUUUAGUUGGUCUUGUAACUCUUACAGCAAUAACUUUCCACUAUGACUUUUGGUUUAGCUAGGGCACAAGCCCAAUGUACUGGGUACUAGUAGAGUCCCUGUUGCAGGUGAAAGCUUACUGUAAAACCUGGUUAAAUGGACCAAAAUAAAGCAGGUGAAACAGCAACGA